GGGUCAAAUCUAUAAGAGCACCUUGUGUUUGUUUAUGAGAUCAUUCGAUGGUCACCGGUGGUCAGUGUUGUAACUGAGGCCAGUUAUCGCGAAAAGGAAAUAAAUUAAGUUGUGAGUGUGUUGGUGAGGUGCAAAGACUAACAGAUCUUGUUUUUAUCACGAUGAUGGCCUUCGUCGUCCAGCGACGCCAAGCGUCCCCCAUGCGUCUCGGCGCUUUCACGCUGCUGUUCCUCGUCGCCGCGGCCCACCUGAUGAUGGAGACCUCGGCGGCUUCGACAGUUGCCCGACAGCGUUCCCCCCAGCGACAAGUCAGCAUGGAACCGGCUUUCGCCAAUGCCGGCAAGAACCCCGGCCUGGAGAUAUGGAGAAUCGAGGAUUUCAAACCUGUUCCCUAUCCAAAGAAUCAAUAUGGUAAAUUUUACUCUGGGGAUUCAUACAUUGUACUUAAUACUAGAGUGAAUAAAAAAGGUGAGAAAUUCUGGGACAUUCAUUUCUGGUUGGGAUCACAAACCACUCAGGAUGAAGCUGGUGCAGCUGCAAUCUUAUCAGUCCAACUGGACGACCAAUUGGGAGGUGACCCGGUCCAACACAGAGAAAAACAGGAUCACGAAUCGCAAGCUUUCUUGUCCUACUUCAAAUCUGGAGUACGCUACGAGGCGGGUGGCGUAUCUUCUGGAUUCCGGCACGUAGAUCCACAACAGCAAGAAACCAGACUGUUCCAGGUCAAGGGAUCCAGGAACAUUCGCGUUAAAGAGGUUGAUCCUAACUUUGCCUCAUUGAACAAAGGGGACUGCUUCAUUCUGGACAAGGGCAGCAAGAUUUUCGUCUACGUAGGAUCUAAGGCUAAAAGGGUAGAAAAGCUGAAGGCUACAGCUGCAGCCAAUCAGAUUAGAGAUCAGGACCAUGGAGGAAAACCCAGAGUAACUAUUGUAGAUGAUUACAGUCCCCAAUCAGAUUUUGAUGAAUUCUUCGCUGCUCUGGGAGGUGGUUCUCGAGAUAAAGUACCCGAGGAAGCCGCCGGAGGUGAUGAUGCCACAUUCGAAACGUCUGAAGAGAAGGCGGUGUCUUUGUAUCGCGUUUCUGACGCAUCAGGGUCUCUGAAAAUACAGCCGGUAGGAACCCGACCUCUGGACCAAUCUUUACUUGAUGAGAACGACGUGUUUAUCCUGGACACCGGCGAUAUAGAUGUUUUCGUAUGGAUAGGUCGCAAAGCCACAGCCCAAGAGAAACGCGAGUCCAUGAAAAAAGCCGAUGCCUAUUUGACAGCCAAGAAAAGACCAGCGUGGACUCACGUAGAGCGAGUCGUACAGGGUGCCGAAACUGCCGCUUUCACACAGUACUUCCGUACAUGGCAGGGCUACGGAGAGACCCGUAGACGUAUUGCUAGGGCUACCAGAGAGCCCCGCUUGAUUCACGCUCUUCUGAGACCAGGUACUACCAAAUUUAGGCUGGAAGAAGUGGGUGACUUCGAUCAGGAUGACUUGAAUAUCGAUGAUCUCAUGAUCCUCGAUGUACCGGAAGCGGAAACAGUGUAUUUGUGGAUCGGGGAAGGUACCGAUGAGGAAGAACAAGCCAAGAGCGACCAAUUGAUUCAGGAUUACGUAUCGGCGAGAAACCAAAAUACGAAAAUCGUCAAAGUGAAUCAAGGAGAAGAACCAGAAGACUUCAAGGUCUUGUUUCCAGAUUGGAACCCAGAAUUGUGGCUAAAUAAGUCGUAGAAAUAGUGUAAAUCAUUAUUUAUGACUUGUGCACAAGACUGUAAUAAUAUCUAUCGCACUUUUUGCACACAUUUUCUAUAAUAAUGCUAUUAAGUAUAUCUAACAAGGAAAAAUAUCCAGAAAUUUAUAAAAGAACCUUUUUUUUGAGGUUUACUUGAAGAAAAAACUGAUAAAACAUAUUUUUCUGGAUAUUAAUAGAUAUAAAAAAAAUUGAUGUGUAAUAAAUUAUUCAAAAUUCAUAUUGUUAUUGUUGAUUUUAUGUUUGUUUUUGUACUAUUUCAUUCUGACAUUAACGCUUUAAAAUAAAUUUCUAAAUUAUUGAUAAUA